UGGGACCUCCAACAGCCUGCAUAUCGCUGUCGUAGCCCAUAAUGCUGCUGCCUAUAUGUAUUCAAUAUGCCGAAUCAACGAGCCUGUUCAAAGUCUAGUUGAAAAUUUUGACCAAUGACCGACUUCUUUGACAACACUGCCCCUCUACGUUUGUAUUACUGUCAAAACUUUUCAAACGGUCCCUUGUCGACACGUGAACGUCCUUUGCUCACGCACUUAACUCAGCUGACCAGUUUUAUGAUGCUGCUCACUGUUGCAAGAGUUAGCAUUUCUGCAGCACAUCAGCGUGUUUUCGUCGGAUUGAGUAGCUUGCCAUUUGUGCAACACCGAAACAUGUCUUCCACCAGCCCGAAAAUUCCGAUCACCCUGCUGGGGUCGAUGGCGUUCGGAGGACGCGCUGACGCCGAAAUGAGUGAAAAAAUGGUGAAGGCUUUCCUGGACCGUGGCCACAGAGAGUUGGACACAGCUUUCAUGUACACCGCUGGACAGGCAGAGACGAUUAUUGGUGGAAUGAAACUUCCAAACAAUGUGAGUAUCGCCACUAAGGCAAACCCAUGGGAGGGCAAGACGCUGAAGCCGGAGAGUGUGCGCUCCCAGCUGGAGACAUCUCUGAAGAGACUCCAAACGCAGAGUGUGGAUCUCUUCUACCUGCACGCCCCUGACCAUGAGAACCCCAUACAAGACACACUCCGAGCCUGCAACGACCUGCACAAAGAAGGAAAGUUCAAAGAGCUUGGCCUCUCUAACUAUGCAUCCUGGGAAGUUGCUGAAAUCUACACCAUAUGCAAACACAACAACUGGGUUCUUCCAACUGUCUAUCAGGGCAUGUACAAUUCCACCACAAGACAAGUGGAGACAGAGUUGCUGCCUUGUCUGAGAUACUUUGGCAUGCGCUUCUACGCAUACAACCCCCUGGCAGGUGGCCUUCUGACGGGGAAGUAUCACUAUGAAGACAAAGACGCAGACCAACCUGCUGGACGCUUCUUUGGCAACAGCUGGGCAGGAGCCUAUAGGGACAGAUAUUGGAAAGAGAGCCACUUCCAGGGAGUGGACCUGAUUCGUAAAGCCCUGGAGGCAGCGUACGGUGCAGGUGCAACCACCGUUACCUCGGCUGCUAUCCGCUGGAUGUACCAUCACUCUCAUCUCAAGGCUGAGCUCGGUGAUGGUGUGAUCAUUGGCAUGUCCACUAUGGAGCAACUGACAGAGAACCUUGCAGCCUCAGAGGAGGGUCCUCUGAAGCCGGAGGUGGUGGAUGCCUUCAAACACGCCUGGGACCUGGUAGCUCACGAGUGUCCUAACUAUUUCCGAUAAAAGGAAUCACAUGAAGGCUGUUGACGUCCAAGAUGGGAAAGGACUAAAAACUGGACAUGAGAAGUACGGAUAGUGCAUUUAGGCUACAAUUUGAAGCUCUGUCAGAUUUACCCAUUUCAAUGGAUACUGUGUUUCCAUCAUUCAGCAAAAUCAUGCUGUUUGGGCCAUCUCAAAGCAAAUGCAAUAAAACAUCCUAUUUUGUA